UGCUCCAUCAUUAGUGUCAGUGGGGGGAGGAAUAGUGCUCCAUUGUUGGUGUCAGUGGGGGGAGGAAUAGUGCCCCAUCGUUGGUGUCAGUUGGGGGGUGGAAUAGUGCCCCAUCAUUGGUGUCAGUGGGGGGAGGAAUAGUGCCCCAUCAUUGGUGUCAGUGGGAGGAAUAG